AAAUGUCUGAAAUUUAAUAACAAUAGCCCCAUAGUUCUAAAUUAGAUUAAGAAGCUGCCACUAAUGCUAAAAAUCAUUUGCUACUAGUUAAUGUAAAUAAUUUUAUUAAUAAAAAGAAUGUUACAGAGUUAUCUAAUGAAUUGUUAUAAAGUUACAAGCAUGAGAUUGAUCAAUUAAAAUAGGAGUUACAUCUGAUGAAAUAAAGAAUAACAAAUAACAAUGAAGAAAUUAAGAAUACUACUUAACCAACUCUUGAUGCAAUGCUUAGGGAUUUGAGAUAAGUAAUUGAUCUAUUAAACUAGGCAAUUAAUACAUAAAAAGAUGAGAAUUCUAAAUUGUAAAGUUAAAUCACAGAAAUAAAAAAAGAAAAAAGUCAAAUCUAAUAAUUGAUUAUAGCAGCUACAUAAAAAGUAGCAGAACUUGAGCAUUAAGUAGGAAAUUAUACAGCUGCUUGAUUUUUAUAAUUAC